AAAUUGUUCAAAAAAUCCGAAGCCCAAAACCCCAUGAAUUAGUAGGACCAGGAUUCCGACUUCGGACCAAAAAGAGGAAACAAUCAUGGCGGCGGAAACGGCUUCCUCGUCCUCCUCCCCCAAACCCUUCCAAUCCCCAAACCUGUUGAUGGACCCAUCAUCGGUGGCCACACCGACUUCGUCAACGACGGUGAACGCCAACCCGAUUCCAACUUUAACGACAACACACACACAAACUCCGAUGACAUCAACAAUUCUUCCUCAAAACAGCAAUCUCAACAAUCCCUCGCCUCAAAUCCCAUCCCCUUCUACUCUUUCUCAUCCUUCUCCCUCCCUUGACCCUCAACAGCAACAGCAUAACCCCCAGCAGCAACAGCAAAUUUCGCAAAUUUCUUCUACCCCUCUUCCUCCUCUCCCCCAGCAACAGCAGCAACAACAACAAAUAGUACAGCAGCAACAGACACAGCAAAAUGUCGCAGCCUUGUCGAAUUUCCAAAUCCAGCAAUCAAUGCAGAGAUCCCCAUCCACGUCUCGCCUGAACCAACUUCAACAACAACAGCAGCAACAAUCUCAGUACGGAAACAUGUUGAGGCAGCAGCCAGGGCUAUAUGGGCAAGUGAAUUUUGGUGGGUCACCUUCAAUUCAACAGAACCAGCUGCAGAAUCAGCAAAUGGGUACUCCAAACUUGUCCCGGUCUCGUCUGAGUGGGCAGGGUAGCCAUUUGCCUAUGCUCUCUGCCGUUGCUGCUGCACAGUUCAGUUUGCAGUCGCAACUUUUAGCUUCUCCGAGGCAGAAAGCUGGGUUGGUCCAAGGGUCCCAAUUUCAUCCAGCAAAUCCCACUAGACAAACUUUGCAAGGAAUGCAAGCAAUGGGAAUGAUGAAUCCACUCAAUUUGACCUCACAGCUAAGGGCUAGUGGAGCUCUUCUUGCCCAAGCCCAACAGCAGUUGAACCAGGGACACCUGAGGCAGCAACUACCUCAACAGGCUCAACUCGCAUCUCCUCAGGUUCAAAGCCUGCCAAAGACCUCAUCUAUGGCAUUGAUGAACCCUCAGUUAUCAGGUCUGGCUCAGAAUGGACAGCAGAGUAUGAUGCAGAACUCUCUUCAACACCAUUGGCUGAAGCAAAUACCAUCAAUGUCUGGUCCAGGAUCACCAUCCUUACAGCUUCAACAGCACCAGAGGCAAUCACAGGUCCUUUUGCAGCAACAACUGGCUUCUUCUCCUCAGUUGCAUCAUAAUUCUGUGGCUUUGAACCAACAGCAUUUAUCUCAGCUGAUGCAACAGAAACAGGCACAAAUGGGGCAUCCUCAAAUGCAGCAAUCACAGCCUCAGCAGCAGCAACAACAUCAGCAACAGCAACAUCAACAGCUGCAACAGCAGCAACAGCAACAACAGCAGCAACAGAAACAACAGCAGCAACAGCAACAGCAACAGCAACAGCAACAACAACAACAACAUCAACGACAACAACAACAACAACACAUGCAAAUGCAACAACCAAUGUUACAUCAGCAACAGCAGCAGCAGUCUCCUAGGAAGAUAGGACCUGCAGGCCAGAAAUCCCUAAGCUUGACAGGAUCGCAGCCUGAUGCAACUCAAUCUGGUACAACCACUCCUGGGGGGAGUUCAAGCCAAGGAACUGAAGCAACUAAUCAACUUCUUGGAAAAAGAAAGAUACAGGAUCUGGUUUCACAGGUGGAUUCACAAGGACAGCUGGAUCCAGAAGUUGAAGAUCUGCUUUUGGAGUUUGCUGAUGACUUCAUUGAUUCUGUAACUUCUUUUGCAUGCACUCUGGCAAAGCAUCGUAAAUCAUCAACAUUGGAGUCCAAAGAUCUAUUGCUACAUUUAGAGAAAAACUGGCAUCUGACUAUUCCAGGAUAUUCAAGUGAAGAGCACAACCAAACAAAAUCUUUACCAAGUGAUCUCCACAAGAAGCGUCUUGACAUGGUACGCGCAUUGAUGGAAUCAUCUCAAUCUGAAAUAAAUGCGAAUGGUCUGAAGGAUGUAACUAGAUCUGGACUUGUAAAUCCAGUUGGUUCUAACCACUUCCUGAGACCUUCAUCCAGCUCCGAGCAGUUGGUUUCGCAGGCUCCUGGUUCGCAAAUACUGCAACAAAUGACACGUUAAUGGAUGUAAGAUUCCCAGUUCAUUUCUUGGUCCGACGCAGAUUGCAUAUGGCUCUGUGGACCUUGUUGCAGGUUGGAUUAACUGACGCUUAAAGCUGUAUGUGGAUUGAGGAAAGCACACAAACUGUGGUUAGUCGGUAAGUAUCGAAAGACAUUAAACAGUUUGUGAAAGCAUCACAGCAAUCAACCAUCUAAUUUAUUGUUUUUCUGUUAAUGAUUUAUGUUUAUAAAUUAAUGAGCUCCCGCAUAAAGUGAGUCUGAGUCCUAGGUUAUAAGCUCACCUGCCUUGGUUUGUUGGUCUGGGGAAGGUACUGUAUUUUUAUUUAUCUGAAAAUUAUGUUUUCCUACAUAUAAUUUGUAUUUUAUUACAAACUGCUUUGUUGAUGUCAUGUAAGCACAUUGAUCAAUGAUUUAGAAGCUAUUUAUUACAAACUGC